GCAGGGUUACCACACUGCUCACCUGUGAAGCAAUCUGCCCAGGGAGGGUCCUGCGUCCAGCCAGGAGCCCCUAUAAAAACUGGCCCUGCACUGCCUCGCAGAACAGUUAGUGGCUCCUCGGCUUUGUGCAAGAUGGCGACUCAGCUGGAACGUUCCCUGGACACCAUCAUCCACACCUUCCAUGAGCACUCUGUGAAGGAGGGGAACAGAGACACGCUGAGCCAGAAGGAAUUCAAAGACCUGGUGAAGAAAGAUCUGCAAAACUUCCUCAAGAAGGAGAAGAGGAAUGAACAAAUCAUAAACGACAUCAUGGAGGACCUUGAUACAAACCAGGACAAGAUGCUGAGCUUUGAGGAGUUCAUCAUCCUCAUAGCCAAACUGGUCCACGCUUCCCAUGAAGAGAUGCAUAAGAAUGCCCCCCCAGGGCCCGGCCACCACCACGGGCCAGGCCUCGGAGAGGGUGGCCGUGGCCAGCGUACCAACCCCUAAUCGAGAAGUCAGGCUAUCCUGCACCUGCUGAGCUAAGGCUGCAGGAAAUGUUGUGUCACAUGGCUUCAUUGUGGGGCUGGGACAGGCAGUAAAUAAAGUUUCUCCACGCCA